UCAUCAAUACACUUAGUAUUGUCACCUUUAAGACAAAAGCUUAUAAAUUCUUCCAUGACCUUGAGUUCAAGGAGAGCCUAAUACCUGGUACCAUUGAGGAAAUUUCAAGUUGUUAAAUUUGGUAUAACUUGCAGUGCAUUAAAUCUAACUUAGUCUGGCAGUUAUAUUAUAUUUUUAAAUUCCUUGUUACUCUUAUUUCAUUUUACUUUGACUGAUUGGGCUCGUUCAGAUUUACUAAGUUAUGCUAAGAUCUUGGCAUAUCCUAUAGAAUAAAAUGGCUGACAACUGAAUAAAGCUGAAAGUGUUUUAGAAAUAAAUAUAGAUAAUUUUUUCAUGGACAGGCUAACUUUGUCUGACUAAAAGAAAGAAAGUAUACAUUAAAUGAAUGUCAUUUUUGUUUUUAUAACCUUUGUUUAUAAUAAAUAAAGUGUUUAAAUUCGGUGUUGUGAAUUUUCAUAAAAAAUAUAAUUAACCUUGGUGCUUUAAAUAAAUGGAUAAUAUUUUUGAACAUUUAAUAGUUGAUGAAAUUUUAUUUGAUCAAGUGGAGCAAAAUCUCCGAAAUGGAUUUUAUCAAUUUCUCGGACUUGUUAAUGGUGAGAUGAUGGAUGAUUUUAUUUUAUUAGAUGGUGAUUUGAAUGGAGAUCCCGAAUUAGAUGUACGUGGUGAUGCUCCAGCUAGAAUCCUAAAUUUUUAUGAAGAAGUGAUUCCGCAGUAUGAUGAUGAGCAGUUUAAGUCUCACUUUCGGAUGUCGCGAGAAGUUUUUCAAGAACUGAGUAAUAUUAUUGAGCAAUAUAUCCGCCGUCCUAAUAAUGCAAUACCAUUAGAAAAAAAAAUUCUAAUGACCUUGUGGGUUCUGGCUACUCCAGAAAGUUUUCGUUCUGUAGCUGAUAGAUUUAAUUUUUCUAAAAGUACUGGACAUUCAAUAUUUAAAGAAAUAAUAAUUAUUAUAGCAAAUGAUUUACUUCCACAAUUUAUUGUGUGGCCAAAUGCUGAGGAGUCUGCAGAAAUUGAAAACGCUUUUUUAAAUAAACCUGGUGGAUUUCCUGGCAUUGUCGGUGCCGUCGAUGGUUGUCACAUUAAUAUCAAACAACCUCCUGGAAACCCUAACGACUAUUACAAUCGAAAAGGAAGCCAUUCAGUUAUUUUACAAGAUACAUAUGAUCACGAGGGUAAAUUUAUCGAUAUUUUGGUUGGACGUCCUGGAAGAGCUCAUGAUUCACCAGUAUUCAAAAGUUCGCCAUUAUAUGCUAAAAUAACUAACCCAGAAAAUCCUUUAUUAGGACAAAAUCAGCAUAUUUUAGCAGAUUCAGCGUAUCCACUGAUGAUUCAUAUUUUGACUCCAUUUAAAGACAAUGGCCAUUUAAGCCCAUUACAAUUAAAAUAUAAUGUAAGACAUGCUUCAUUACGAUCUGUAAUAGAACGUGCAUUUGGAAUAUUAAAAGUGAAGUUUCGUCAGUUGCAUUAUUUGGACGUUCAGUCCAUUUAAACUGCGAAUUUAAUUAUAGCAGCUUCAUGCACUCUUCAUAAUUUUAUUAUGAUGAACGGAGAUAGAAAUAAUAUAAAUUUAUUAAAUGUGGGACCUGACAAUGAUGAUAAUAAUGAUAACAUUGACAUAGAUGCAAUUGAUGAAGAUGAAGAUUUAGAAGAGAAUGUUGAUGCAGUUCAGAAACGAAUUGAUAUUAUGAAUACAUUGUAAAUGUAAAUUUUUAAACAAUUAAUUACAGUCGCGGAUGACAUAAAUUUGCUGCAGCAAAGGUUCAUUCACCAAGAGCAUCAUUACAACUCUGAUGACUGGGACGAUGUCGAGGAUACCAGUGAUUAUGCAUUUUUAGCCGUAGCUUAUCAUUGUCGCUUCCGCCCCCCAAAAAUAAUGCGAGCCAUCGUCAAUCGUUUCAAUACACUCUGCGAGGAAUUUGCAGUUUUCAAAGAAGAAUUUGAUGAGAACGGACAGCGACCAACAUGGCCCUACUGAGAUCUCUUCAUCAAUUAUUGGAAUGUCGUUAAUGAAAGACAUAACGCUAAAGACGUUUAAAAUCUUGAUAUUAAGAUAAUUAAUUUAAACUAAACUACGUAUUCAUGAAAAAUUUUUAUUUUUAAUUAUUAUUUUUAAUUACUAAUUAAUUGGUUGCCAAAAAUGUCAAGUGAAUUGUCAUAUUUUUAAAUCUAAUUCACUGGAGAAUAUUUAUUGUUGUUUCCAAACAUUGACUAUUCGCGCUUGCCAUCCGCCAAUAAGACCAGCUGCGACUGCUGAAGAUCCUAAAGCUACACCUAAAAAUGUUUAUUAUUUGUGCUAUUCGUUGUGUCGAUGGAGCUCUCGAGAUGCGGAAAGUCCCGAUCCGUUUGUUGCUACUGGGGGUUAGCCGGAGCAAGAAAAUCCUCACACGGCUAAAAUAACUGCAUUGAUUGAUUUUCAUAAAAUACUGGCUUCACUUGAACGU